AUGAAUGAUAUCGAGAACAAAGGCAAGGUGGGCGGGGAGAAAGGGUCUUCCCCCCAAAGUUUGCUCGAAGCUAUAAAGACCCAAACUUCCUCAGACACUGUGCGGAUCGUGAAGCCUGUCAAUACACUGGACAAGAUACCCACCAACCGGCUGUUGAAGUCUGCAGCAAGAUCUUUCACUCACUGA